AACAUUUCUAUUUUCGAUGGUACCGACAAACCAGACGCUCAGCAUUAUCAGUGAAACGAGGGGUCCGAUUGAUGCGCUCCAGGAGGAUGAGGGGAUGUCGCGGGAUAUGCAAUCCGGUGCUGAUUGGGCGCAGGAGACGCUCUCCGGGAAGCCGCCAAAAAGCCGUCGUCCUCUGAAGAUUCAUGGAUCUGGGAAUACUUGCCGUCUAUCGAGGUACUGGCGCAUGCGUACGAAAACGACGCACAUUGCAGCUUCGAAGACCCCUCUGGAAAAUAUGGUAGCGGACUUCAAGGAGAGAUCAUUUAUCCAGAACCGGGAGAAACUCAAGCGGGAGGUCGAGGUGGCUGACGAGAAGUUCGACGAGCCUGACAUCAAAUUCCAAGCUUUCCGUGCGGAGGCGGCGGAGUUGCCAAUGGAGUUAGAGGAGGCGCAGAAGGAAUACGGGGAUUUCUUGGAGGAAUACUAGUAUGAAAUGGUGCUGGAGUCACGCCGCCAGAGACUACGCCUUGGCGAUAUGUAGGACCUGGUGAAGGGCCUGAUAACUUGCUCUGGUAUCAUUACAUUGCACGACUAGUAGGUAAAUGUAGUCAAUCUAGUAACAUGGUCCCGAUAGUGAAAGAUGCAUGUGAAACCAAGUAGCCCAAAAAGUCCUGUUCUGUUAGUACAACCAUACAAGGAAACAUUCCAAGCAUGUUACGACAAAG